ACAGAAAACCAGUUUUGUAAUGAAACGAACUUGUGAUCAGUGAACUAUUUAAGAAAAAUAAUACCAAUGACAAGACUUUCAAGUAUUUUAGUUUCCUUUUGGUCAAGAACCCAACCAUUUCAGUCAAGUGGAAAGGUUGUCACAACGCAAUGGAGGAGGUCGUGUGCAUCAAUGGCUCCAGCAGUUCGUGUUGCAGAGAGAAGCCAGAUUCAGGACAGUGAUGAUGAAAUUGAGGUAAAGUCAAAGCAAAAGGUAGCUGAUAUAUCUCCUAAUCUAACAGAUAAAUUUGGAAGACAUCAUACAUAUCUUAGAAUUUCUCUGACAGAAAGGUGCAAUUUAAGAUGUCAGUACUGCAUGCCUUCAGAUGGAGUAGAAUUGACACCAAAACAAAAGUUAUUGUCAACAGGGGAGAUAAUCAAGUUAUCAGAACUCUUCGUCAAAGAGGGAAUACAGAAGAUACGACUAACAGGAGGAGAACCUUUAGUCAGAUCUGAUCUUAUUGAAAUCAUUGGUGCUUUAAAUGACCUGCGUCCACAUGGGUUAGAAAACAUUGCAAUGACAACAAAUGGCAUUACAUUAGCAAGAAAACUACCUCAGCUGAAAGCCAAUGGGCUUGAUAGUCUCAAUAUUAGUUUAGAUACAUUAAUUCCAGCCAAGUUUGAGUUUAUAACCAGAAGAAAAGGCUGGGAUAGAGUAAUGAAAGGGAUUGAUACUGCUGUAGAGCUGGGAUAUGGUCCAGUUAAGGUGAAUUGUGUGGUAAUGAGAGGUGUCAAUGAAGAGGAAAUCUGUGAUUUUGUUGCAUUGACAGAAAACAAGAAUGUUGACAUUAGAUUUAUUGAGUAUAUGCCAUUUGAUGGCAAUAAAUGGAAUUUUAAGAAGAUGGUGUCAUACAACGAUAUGUUAGACAUUAUAAAACUGAAAUGGCCAGAUAUUCAGCGAAUACAGGACAGACCAAAUGACACUUCAAAAGCUUACAAAGUGCCAGGAUUUGAAGGACAGAUUGGUUUUAUUACAUCAAUGAGUGAACAUUUUUGUGGAUCCUGCAAUAGACUUAGAAUAACUGCUGAUGGUAACUUGAAGGUAUGUUUAUUUGGAAAUGCUGAGGUUUCUUUGCGAGAUAUGAUCAGAAGUACUGAUGAUAAUGCAGAGAUACUGGAUGUGAUUGGAGCAGCUGUCAAAAGGAAGAAAAAACAACAUGCAGGAAUGUUUGACCUUGCCCGUAUGAAGAACAGACCUAUGAUAUUAAUUGGAAUUCAACAGAAAUUUUAUAGUCUUCCUUCUGCCAAGGUCAGAAUCUUCAACAUUGUGAAUCAUUUAAAUCAGACAAUAAAACUGAAUUGUUCUAUGAUGGCUGUUAGAAAUUUACACAUCGAUAAAAACAGUGCCUUCAAAUAUUGGGAAAAAGAACCAGCUGAUAAAGACGAUAUGACAGAAAAUUAUUGGGAAAUAAAAUUAUCAGAAGAUUCUUCGGUAGUAAAGGGAGAUAAUAAAUACACCACCUUCAUAAGUGAUCAUGUUUUUAAUUCAAAUGACAAUUAUUCUAAUAAGCAGAGCUGUGAUAAACAAUUAACCCAUGUUGAUUCUUCUGGUAAAGCCAAAAUGGUUGAUGUUGGUGGGAAAAAUGAAACGUAUAGAGUUGCUAUGGCAACUGGAACUAUAAUUUUAGGGAAAGAAGCAUUUGACCUACUGAGAGAUAAUAAGAUAAAGAAAGGUGAUGUUCUCUCAGUGGCCAAUAUUGCAGGAAUUAUGGGUGCUAAAAGGACCCAUGAUCUUAUACCACUUUGCCAUAACAUUCCGUUGUCUAAGGUUAGUGUCGAUUUCAUGUUAGAAGAGACAACCCACAGUGUGAUCAUAACCUCUAAAGUUAAAACUUAUGGCAAAACAGGUGUAGAAAUUGAAGCAAUAACAGCUGUCAGUAUUGCUGCAGUUACUAUAUAUGAUAUGUGUAAGGCCAUAACAAAGUCAAUGGUUAUAAAUGAUAUUAAACUUUUACAUAAAUCAGGAGGUGCUAGUGGGGACUAUAAUUCUGGAGAGAAUUGACCAGGUAGGCACAACAGCAUUUAUUAAACAGAAAAACAGUGUCAUAUUUCAUUAUUGUUUGAAUUUUGAAAAGCAGGUUUAAUCAUGUUAAUUAGAAAAUUAAAUUGGUUUUGAACGAAUGAUCCAAUUUCAAUGUUGAUAUUUGUUUGAAUUAUUGUUGGAAUAUGGUUGUGUAUAAUGAAAUAAGGUUGAAGUUUGAUUGUUAUUCAAAGUUUAAAUGUUAUUUUUAUGCCCUCGCCACUAAGUGGCCACAUCAUUAAGUGUUACCCAUAACCAUCCUUCCAUCCUUCUGAAAUUAAACAGUUAUCCUAUCUCAUUUUCAUUAUGCUGACAGAUCAAGAUUAUUUUCUGCUCCACAUUUGAGUGUAUAGAAUUUUUGCAGAUUUGGACAUUGGAUUUUAUGAAAAUUGUACUUGCUUUGUUUUUUUUAUGUAAUACCUGCAGAUGUAGGACUGAUUUUUAAUUCGUUGGUGUAUAAUGAUGGCUUACAGAUUGGGUUUAUAGCCUUUUUUGUUUCAAUUGACCGACGUAUGCAUGAUAUGGCUACAGACUGCAGUGUUC